UGGCCCGAUACCCUGGCUACACUGGUCACUCUACUGACGGCUUUCACAUCGCUUCACCAAAGUUUUUCACCGACGCUGGCCGCCUGCGAUCAACUCCCUGAUGCAUCAAUACAGUGAACGACAACAGAUUCUCCGAGAUCUGUUCAUGAUGCUCGUAUUCCUCCACCAGCAAGAGACCGACGACCUCCUUGAUUCUACCAUCAACAUUCCUGUUCUCCCCUCCCUUGGAAGGAUCGCUGCCCCCGAUAAUCCCGGCCGCGCAUUGUUACUAGAUGUUAUGUUUGGCGACGAGUCUAUGGUAUCGGAUCUAUUGCAGGUGGUCCUAUCGAGUCGGUACUUACAUACCCGAUUGCCCCCAAGGAUGCGCGAGGAAUUCGAUUUGGCUCAGCUUUUUGAUAUGCGAGAUGAGGAUUUCAAGCAGGCGGUCCGUACCACCAAGGCCGGCUUUACAUGGCUUUUAAGCCAAGUGAAUUUAAACCCUAUAUUUCAUAGCAACAGCUUUCGCCCGCAACUGCCGAUCCCUCACCAACUAGCACUCACUCUCGAAAGGCUUGGUUCAAACGGGAAUGGGGCCUCGGUGGGGCGAUUCUCAAGGAAUUUGGGUGUGGGCCGCGGUACUGUGGUCAAGGCCAGUCGCCGAGUCAUCCGCGCGAUUAACGAUCUUUCGGAGAAGUACCUUACCUGGCCAGACGAGGUUCGACGAAAGGAGAUAUCUGAUGUGAUGAAGUGUGAAGGUUUCGAAGGAUGUGUUGGUUUUGUCGACGGAACAACUAUACCUCUUUAUCAGCGCCCCUCGAUCGAUGGUGAAGUCUUCUUUGAUCGAAAGAAGCGCUACUCGAUCAAUUGUCAGGUGGUGUGCGACUGUGACCGGUUCAUCACUGCCUUCAUGACCGGUUGGCCGGGUUCUUGUGGCGAUAGUAUGGUCUUUAAACGGAUGAUGCUCCAUAAGGAGCCUACUUUGUUCUUUGAUCGAGGACAAUAUCUGAUUGCGGACUCGGCGUACGAGUUGGGUGUACACUGCAUCCCUGCGUACAAAGCUCCUGCGGCCUACAUCAAGGAAAACUCUGACUUCAACUACUGUCUUGCAAGGUCUCGCGUUCGGAAUGAGCACACAAUAGGGAUCCUCAAAGGACGAUGGGCAUCGCUUCAACAUCUACGACUGGCGAUUCAAAAACCUUCGGACAUGAUGGAAGUGAUUAGAUGGGUCAAUUGUUGUGUUACAUUGCACAACAUCCUGGCCCAUCUUGGUGACGCAUGGGCUGAGUUGGAUGUCUCCAUCAAUGAUCAUCCAGGAUCAGAUGGGCCCGGUGUUAAUGAAGAAACAGCUCAAGAGGUUCGGGAUGUAGUCAAGGCUAACUGUUUAGAUAUCAACUACUCGUUGGGCGUUUUGCCAAUUUAG